CUUGUACACAAAAACGUCUACUUUCUUUACGGCAUUCGCUUCUAACUUUGCAAUCUGCUUCAUUACUGUGUACGCUUUCCACAAUGGUCAAUCUCUUCAACAUCGCAACGGCGUUGGCUGCCUUGUCUGUCCUUGAACCCACGCUCGCCCAUCCUGGUGAAGCGCAUGAUGCAGCACACGUCAAGCGCGAGUUAGCCAUUCGCGAUCACCUGGCCAGCCAUUCCAAACGUGCUCUGGGGAGCUGUGAAGGUUCUGCGCAAGCUCGUGCAUUGAAGGACCGGGCAAUUGCUCGACGUGCUGCAACUGCAACUUCUCUUCGCCAGAAACGAGGACUCGCAACGAACAAACCGUACAGGCGCGAUCUUGCCGAGCUCGAGGUAUACGAAGAAAAUUCUCACCAACAAAAUAACACUGGGUAUACUCUCAAUACGCCAGAGUCGACAAUCUUUGGCGCGAACACUUCCUGCGUAUUGACACCUGAGGAUACCGUCGGUCCCUAUUACGUUUAUGGAGAACUGAUUCGAUCCAAUCUUACCGAAGUUCAAGAGGGGGUCCCGAUGCACUUGGAAAUGCAAUUCAUUGACACCAGCACCUGCGAGCCUAUCCAAGAUCUCGUGGCUGAUAUCUGGUCCUGCAACGCUACCGGUGUCUACUCCGGCAUUGACCCUUCUCAAGCAGCUGGAGAAGGUGGCUUGAACAGCACGUUUCUUCGCGGAGUUCAAGUCACAGAUACCGACGGCGUCGUCGAGUUCGAUACCAUUUUCCCUGGCCAUUACACUGGCCGUGCUACCCACGAGCACGUCGUCACUCACAUCAACUCAACCAUCCUUCCAAACGGCACCUACACCGGGGGAACCGUGAACCAUAUCGGACAAUUGUUUUUCGACACCGCGUUGCGCGCUGAAGUCGAGGCCCUGUAUCCAUACAAUACCAACACUCAAGCCGUUGUCAGCAAUGACGAUGACGCAUGGGCACCCUCUGCUGCGAGUGCCGAGUACGAUCCCUUCGUGGAGUACGUAAUGCUUGGAGACUCCCUAUCUGAUGGCCUUCUGGUUUGGAUUUCUAUCGGUGUCAAUACCACUGCCAAUUACACCGAUUUGGCUUACAUUGCAUCUUACUGGACAGAGGAUGGUGGGGAGGUCAAUGCUGAUGAUCCUUUCAAUACGAAUAUGGGGUCAGGGUCGAGCAACUCUAGCUCUAACGGAACAUCUAGCGCUAGCGGAUCAGCAAGUUCGAGUUAGAUGAUAGGGGCUAAAAGGAUGGUUUGGGGCAUGCAGAAGAAUUUUGUGUUCAUCGAUUUUUUGCAACCUAGAUCGUCUGGGAAGCUUGAGUACAAUGUUCACUGUAUGAAUGGCAUGUCAGACCUCUCAAAUUAGAUACAAAAUUUCAAUGGGG